AUGGACGACAUAGACGCGCUGGUUGGCCAGCUAACCGAAGCGCAGGUGGAUCCUACGGCUUUGGGUGAACAUCCACGAUUUAGUAAGUUCAAAAAUGCAGGACGUGCUGCGGAACAACAAGCAAAAAGAAGAGAAGACGCGAUGGAACGACAGCGAAAUAGUCGCUUUGACCACUUCAACCACACAAGAAAGUUGGCUGAGAAUGAAGAUGAUGACGAAUCAGUGAUUGAACCGGAAGGAGAUCAUCAGAACGACCAAGAGAAGGCUCAGGAUUUACGAAAGAAACGUUUCAAGUCGAGAUACGCUGAUGAACUGAUGCUCAGCGAAUGGUUAGUGGAUAUACCUGAACAGCUGUCAUCAGAAUGGAUGAUGGUACCGUCGCCGGUUGGGAAAAGGGUGCUAGUAGUAGCUGCAAAGGGCGCCACAACAGCGUACAAUAAGGCUGGAAAAACGAUAACACAGUUUCGAUCUCGUUUACCGGGAGGUUACCAAAAGUCAAGCGUAUACACCAUCCUUGAUUGUAUUAUGGAUGCAAAAAAGACGUUUUAUUGUCUUGAUGUGUUAGCGUGGAAUGGAAUGGACAUGAGUGCGAAUCCUUUCGAUUUCCGGCAAUACAUGCUCUCUUCAAAGUUGAAGGAGUCUCCGGAAAUAUCACUCUCUUCGAAACAAUUCCCAUAUCGCUUCUUGUCACUGCCAUGUUGUAAAUGCGAGAGGGCUUUAAUGGAAGAAAUGAUGCGGAAUGGAUUUGACUUUGAAUUGGAUGGACUCCUUUAUUACCACUCCGGAGUGGUCUAUGAAGCUGGCCAAAGUCCUUUAGUUGGCUGGCUAAAACCAUGGAUGUUACCGGAAAUUCUCAAUGUAACUGUGCCCGAAAAGUUCUUGAACGAGAAUGUGCUGCAGCAGUCUUCGCAGCAGUUUAUCGAUGCCUUCAAUAUCGAACAUCGACAUGUGUCAAAAAUCGAAAAGAAUAUCGAAAUGGAGGAAGUUACUAGCGCAUAG